AUGACCGACCAUCCAUACCGCAUUAUAUCUGGGAGGACUGCACAUCAUGCCUUUGUGCGACGUGCACAGAUGCAGAUGAUAUCACAUGUAAUAGAUGGAUCAGUUGUUCCAAUAGAUGCACCUGAUACACUCGUUGCAGCAGAGGUACCUGUUACAUUCGUCCUAGCUGAGGGACCUUCCACAUCUACUACCUCAUCCUUGAGGCCUCAGGAUGAUGGUGAGGGUUCCUCACAGACACCCUUCGCUCGUACACGUUGCCGGGACACUUCUUCUACUCCUGUGCAACCUCCGGCCGAUGUUGGAUCUCCAGUGCCACCUCCUGAGCUACACAAGGAGGCUAAUGCGCAUGAGAAGUCUGUGGGCUACCCAUGGGGUCCUUCAGAUUCAUCCUUGUUGACAGGGGAUCCGCAGAAGUUCUACACCCAUGACCGGAAAAUUGCCUCUCUCGUGCAACCUGCCGAGUUGUGGUUCCAGGAUGUCCUCGGAGCUUUUAGGCUAAAGGACUUGUGUCAGAUUGGGUACCACACAACACAUAAUGGGAUGCUAAUGGCAUUUGCAGAGAGGUGGCACCAAGAGACUUCGUCAUUUCAUCUGCCACAUGGUGAGAUUACCAUCUCGCUUGACAACAUCACUUGCCUCCUUCAUAUACCUAUCAGGGGAACCCUUCUUGGUCACGGUAGGUUGGUCAAGGAGGAAGCAGUGGAGGUUCUUAUUGUUGAGCUCGGGGCUGAUCUUGAGGACGCGCUUGAGGAGGUGGAGAGGACCUGCGACACACACGUGAGGUUUUUCUUCUUGAUGCGGCAGUACGAGGCCGAGCUCCUUGCGACACAACAGUCUGCUGGUAACCCAUUAGACGAGGAAAUACAUAGGCAGCAAGGUUGGAUAUUACAACACUUCUCCAUGAUCAUUGGCUGGGGAGAUGUGUCUAGCUACACUAAGGGCAUGCCCCGUGCUAGUGCCUACAUCACCCUUAGAGGGAACCAGGUGUCGGAUCCUUACAGGUACUCUAUUGAACGCAUGGCUGCAGAGGACAUCCGAUACGACAGCUAUGUUGCUCACCAUGAGACGGUUUCGUGGGAUGACAUUGCCCUAUAUUCUGGAUGGUUGGCUGCCAGUUCGACCAUCAUUGUUCGUUAUCUUCCGAAGUGCGGCAUGCGGAAGUUCGGCUACUGUCAAACGGUACCUCGCGACCCUUUUGUCUUCGCUCCUAUCUCGAUGAUCCAUGGGAAGAUAGAUGUGGUCUUUGCAUACUAG